ACGGCCAACGUCGGGGAGGCGUGACAUGGGGGCGUGGUCAGGGAGUCGUAUUGGUACAAAUUCUGGUGUCCUGGCAUACCUCUAGCGCUGGUCCACGACGCGACAUCUACUCAAAAUGGAGAAGAUUAUUAUCCUGCUAUUAGUAGUAGUCGUGGUGGUUUCUCAGGCUCAAUCACAAAAACCGUCGUCUCGUUCAGGUCGGUUACAGCAAUCUGGUAGACGGUCCAGUGGAAGAAGUGGUAGGCCAUCUCAAGGUGCCGUUCUAUCCAAACCGGCUUCUGCCGCUACAGGAAAACCUUCAGGCGCCAAAUUAACUGCCAAAUUAGUUACUGCCCCAGAAGCAAAAUCACGACCCCUUGGCGCAAAACUCAAAGCAGGCAAUGCCCAAGUAACAACAAAAUCCGCUACUUCCGGGUCACCUAAAACAAAAUGUAAAGGAAGAUGUAAAUUCCCAAAUGAGGUGUGUGUAAGAAAGGCGAGGUGUGCGGGUCCAUCCUGUUUCUUCUGUGCAGAAACAAACAGCAUUCCUAAACUUCCCGGAAAAAAGCCCACGCCGAAACCUGCUGUUGAUAUGAGCCCGAGGUUCAAUAGUAUGCCAAUGAAUGGUAUGGGAAUGUAUGGCAUGCAGCAACAGCCUACUGACUUUUUCUCAGAUCUUUUCGGUCUCGGGCCAAGCACAGGAGGAUUCGACAUUUUCGGAACACGUCAGCAACAGGUAGUCAGACAACCGGUUUCGUCAGGAUUUCCGAAUAGUUUUUUUCCUAGAAACCCACUAACAUCUGUCCCGGUAGCUGGAGACUCGCCCUUUAACCAAAUGGAUUACUCCCAGCCAUUUAGCUCUGGAAACUCCCAGUCUGCAGCUGGAUCCAUGACAAAUAGUAACUCUGCUCCAUUCCUACGUGGACCCUCACAGAUGACCUCCCCAAUGUUACCAACCUUUAACUUAAUGCGCGAGAGUCCAGCCAUGGACAGAACCUCUGGACUAGCCAAUUUGUUUGGUGGACUAUUUGGGGGAGGUGGAUCGGGAGGAAUGAGUGGCGGAAAUGGAAUGAACUUUUUGUCUAUGGGCAUGCUCGGGAUAGAUCCAUUCCAGCUAUUUUAGAUAAAAGAGAAUACAAACAUCAGCCCGUAAGCUCGCCAUUGAUCCCCUGGGAAAUGUCGACAUGGGGUACCUUAGGUGGCACCUUCGACAGUUCACAUCGACUCAUGUCGUUUUCAUCGUAAGAAAGACUAGCACCUUUACAAGAUCAUGAGAACAGCGCAAAAACGAUUCUUUCGCGAAACUUGAGACCAUACAUGUAAUACGUGUAAAUGAUAGUUAGUAUUUAGGAUGCCGCACGGUAGAAAUGAUUCUCAUUUUUGUAACUCAUGUAUUAAGCGUUUUUUUGUAAGAAAUAAAUCAUGUUAAUUGAAA